CACUGUCUCUCUCCCUUCACCUUUUCGUCUCUCAGCGUUCAUUCAUUUCUUUCGACGUCCGUUGCUCUCUCUCUCGGUCUCUCUCUGUCGCUAAAUCUUUCACUUUCUCUCUCCCUCCCUCUCUACAUGCAUAGCCAUGGCGGACUCUAUCGAACCUUCAACUUCAUCCAGCAAUACGGCGUCGUACGUACACCCUCGAAGAGAGCCCUUCGAGCACGGCCUCAUCCCCAUCCCCAAACUCAUCUUCUCCGACGGCACCCAAACCCUAAUCCCUCUCAGGGAUAAGCUCAUCGAGCGAUCCAAGCAGUCUUCCACCGCCCGGCUCGACUCCUCCGUCAUCUCCGAGAUUCUCCAGAUCUCGCCCGACCAUGGCCGCCUCGUGCUCGACACCCUCGCCACCGUGCUCCACUCCGAUUCCGAUCCUCUGGUCUCCGCCAAGCCCUCUGAGGUCGAUUCCGUCGGCGUUGAUGUUUAUGAUCUCGUUUUGUUUUUGUAUAUCCAGUCGUAUAAGCGGUUGCUCCCGAGAACGCACAAGGACGCUGCCGCUGUGGCGGAUGUUUGGCCGUCGACUUCCGCUUUCGAUGGGUAUUUGUCGGCUCUUUCUCCAUUGCAGCUUGUGCGCAGUAAUAGCCGUCGCUUUAUGCCAUCACAAGCUGAUGAAGAAGCUCACCAGUUAUCCUACUUACAAAAGCACUUGUCCAACAUCUUGUCUCUUUUAGCAGAUCAAGUGGAAGGAGAAGGAGAAGGCGAAGAAUCUCUGGUUUUGACUAUGGAAAAGUUUGAGCACCUUGAAUUUCUACUUUAUUAUGGUGAAAAAGCAUCAGAAAGAAUUCCCUUGAGGCAGGCUGCCCUGUUUUUUGCUAACUCAGAUCCUGACAUGCCUGCUGCUCCUGUUGCUGCAUCGCAAGUUCAUGACUGGCUUCUACAGAACAUUACCUCUGCUUUGGAACAUAUUUCUGAAAGAGUUUCUGCAAAAGAAAAUGGGUCACCCAUUGCCUCAGAUCAGGAUGUUCCAAUGUCUGAUGCUUGUGCAAGUUCAAUAAAGACAUCAACCAGCACCAGGGGUCCUAGUUUUAUUGAGGGUAUAUCCAAGUCGUCAUAUUUGAAGCAUGCAUCUGAUCUAAAAGGAUCUUCUGUGAAGGUCAUAAAUUGUCACGAUUCUGUCAUAUACAUUUUAGCACCAUUGAGAUAUGCCACCAUCUAUGGAUGCUCUGAUACGACUAUAGUUGUCGGAGCUGUUGGCAAGGCUGUGAGAGUUGAACACUGUGAGCGUGUUCAUGUCAUUGCAGCAGCUAAGCGAAUCUGUAUUGCAAAUUGCCGUGAGUGUGUAUUCUUCUUGGGGGUAAACCAGCGGCCUCUUAUUGUUGGUGACAAUCAUAAACUGCAGGUGGCACCGUAUAACACUUUUUAUUCUCAAUUGGAGGAGCACAUGAACCAAGUUGGUAUUGAAGCAACUAUCAACAGAUGGGAUGAACCUGUGGCACUGGGAGUGGUUGAUCCACACGAUUCGCUAUCUCAUCCUGCAGGAGUGUCUGACGUACAAGCUGAGUCUGCUACUUGUGUAGAUCCUGAUCAGUUCACAAAUUUUUUGAUUCCGAACUGGUUUGAAAGUGAAAACUCUGGGUCCACAAAAAACAAUCCUUUUCCAUUACCAGAUGUUUAUAUGUCAUCUCAGCAAAAAAAUCACAAUAACUUGGGGGAGAUUAAACAAAUGCUGAGGGAAACACAGCUUGAAGAAAACCGGAAGCGUGAAUUAUCAAGUGCACUCCACAUAUACUUCAAGGAUUGGUUAUAUGCUUCAGGGAAUAUCCGGCAGCUUUAUUGCUUACAAGGUGAUUGAAAUAUGUGUCAGUGACGUGCUAUGAAUAAAGGAUAGAAGAAGAAUCAUGGAGCUUUCCAGCUUUUUGUAUAUUUCUAGUUCCAACACGUGCAAAUUCCUCUUGCCUCCCGUCAGUAUUGCAGAUAACUGAGAAUCAACAUCAAUUAUUUCACUGUGGGGAGCCUAGCCUAUUUAUGCACUGAAAUUGUUGUGCAGAAUGCUGUUGCUAAAUAACUCCCUGUAUUUGUUUGUUCUUUUCUCCUAUUACAAUGACUAGUAGCUUACUGCAAUACUUAGUUUACAGCCUGUUCUGUGUCAUUGUGAAUUUAGAUAUAGUUAUUCUUGGAACUUUUAGUUUUUAGCUUUUUAUGAGUCUUUUUCCCAUUUUAGGAUUUUUUUUUGGUUUUCUUUAUUGAUAUUUUUUUACUAGUUAUUGAAAUGGGAAUUUUUGUAGUGGGGAAGGUUCAAUAGGGUGCAAAUCCUCUGUAUUUGCAAACUAAAGUGACCAGGUCAUCUGGAUUUUUGGGAGAAUUAAUUUCUGGUGAGGAUAUUGGCUUUUGAUUAAUUGCUUUUAGCAUGCAACUUUGUUUUUUGAGUCCCUGUUAUGCGCAUUUUGAUCUCGAAAUCAUCUUGGCAUUAAAGGGAGAACUAGAUGAAGAGAUAUUUUUCCUUCUGAUGCGGCUAGUUAUUUUCUUUCCUUUUUGGAGAUUAUAAGAUAAUAGCCCUUUUGAGACCCUUGAUCUGUGUUCAUCAUCCGAAGCUCAUUUAUGCAUUAGGGUCCUUUGCAUGUAGCAAGUAAAAAUUGGAAAGGCAUUUUUGGCCUCGCAUGGGCCGGCCUCGUGGCUUUGCUUGGAUGGCCAUGGCCCUCGGGUGUAUGUUAGGGAAUUUAAUUAGUUGGGCGUGCUUGUGUUGGUUUACGGUAUCAUGGUCUUAAAUGGGAUGAUGCAACGGGACAAGUUGAAGGUUUAGGGCCUACGAUUAAAGAUCUAGGCAGUGGACUCCCUUGAUUUACAGGGUUGAUUGGUUUCAUUGACUUAUUGAUCUUGGCGGCUUGCAUGGGAUGCACGUGUGCUUGGCCAAUAAGAAGGGAUGGGAUGUCGCAAGACAAGUGCUUGGCUGAUGGUAUCUCUGAUAAACAUCGAAAAAUUGAACUACUAACACUCGGAGCAGCCCAAUUUGCUCAAUUCAGAAGUUACCAUCCGCAGUAGCAUUAGCCCAUCAGCCUUUUCUGAGAAAUUGAUUAAAAGAAAAUACAAAAAUUGAAAAGAUUGGAGCAGAAGGCUCCUUUUAUCCAAACGCAACCUCAGAUGGUUUUCGUACCAUACAAAUCCCCCAUAAGUCAACACUCUACCAACCGAGCACAAGAAAGCAGCAACUCAAAUCAAAUAAAAAAUAAAAUAAAAUAAUGGAAGUCUUCAAAGUCUACACGGAAGUCUUUAGCAAAUGCUCUUCAUCAUCAUCUUCUAUUGUAACUCAAAGCAAAGUUUCGAAGCACAUCAAGAGAGACAGAGAGGACGAAAAAGGCAUGGGGUUCCUGUCAACAAUAUGUUGCUGCUUCUAUCGCCCUUCCAAGGUGGUCUCUAGAGAUGCUGCAAGUGUUGGUUUCUUAGCCAGAAAACCAGUCAUUGUUGAAGCAAAAGCUGAAGCUCCUUCUGUUAUUGUUGUUCCACACUUCCCUGUGCGUUCAAAUCUCCCUCUUUUGUAGCUGCAUCUCCCCCUUUCAAGUUUCAAUCGCCAUGUGUUUGUAAGAUCUUUUAAUGUCUAUUACUAAAAAUCUAAUAUGAUGCCACUUUAUGUUUCUGUAA